AGAAGCGGAAGUGACGUUAUUCUUUGUUUCCGGGCGACGGGGCUCGAGGCCUGUCCGCGUGUCUAAGAAACGGCCGAAGGGCGGCUUCUGGCUUUUUCUCUUCCUCCUUUUUGCCGGUUCUUUUACGGUUAUGGCGGUCCGGGCCAGCUUCGAGAAUAACAACGAGAUCGGCUGCUUCGCUAAACUGACCAACACCUACUGCCUGGUGGCCAUCGGAGGCUCGGAGGGCUUCUACAGUGUAUUUGAAGGGGAGCUUGCUGAUACCAUCCCUGUAGUCCACGCUUCAAUUGCUGGAUGUCGGAUCAUUGGCAGAAUGUGUGUGGGAAACAGGCAUGGGUUGUUAGUCCCAAAUAAUACCACGGACCAGGAGCUUCAGCACAUCCGAAAUAGCCUUCCAGACUCAGUUCGAAUCCAGCGAGUGGAAGAGCGCCUGUCUGCCUUGGGCAAUGUCACUACGUGCAAUGACUAUGUAGCACUUGUCCAUCCAGACAUCGACAGAGAGACAGAAGAGAUUUUAGCAGAUGUACUGAAAGUGGAAGUCUUUAGGCAGACUGUAGCAGACCAGGUGCUGGUGGGAAGUUACUGUGCUUUCAGCAAUCAGGGAGGACUGGUGCACCCCAAGACUUCCAUUGAAGACCAGGAUGAGCUCUCCUCAUUGCUACAAGUCCCGCUUGUGGCUGGGACAGUUAACCGUGGCAGUGAAGUAAUUGCAGCUGGAAUGGUUGUGAAUGACUGGUGUGCCUUCUGUGGCCUGGAUACAACCAGCACAGAGUUAUCUGUUAUUGAGAGUGUCUUCAAACUCAAUGAAUCACAGCCAAGUACCAUUGCUACUACGAUGAGAGAUUCUUUGGUUGACAGCUUGACAUGAUGGGCUUUCUGGCCACCACAGAAGCUCUGAAGGAAUGAAAGGCCAGAUUAUGACCUUUACUGCACACUGAGCUCUGUUUAUUACUGAUGCAGACCUGGACCAGGCAGGCUAUUCCACCAUCAACUUUAAAAAACUGUACAAUGUUAUAAACAACACUGAAUGAAA